AUGCCACUUCCACCACGACGACCACUCACACCCAAGAGGUAUUCUCCAGCAACUACCACCAUUGGAGGAAAGGUUAUGAGAUCAUGGGAGCAGGUGUUGAUUCAACCGUUUGGCAAGCAAUACGUGAUGAUCAAAGAAGAAGAAACGAUCAAGAAUACCAUACGAAAUGAUGAUACUGAGGAACACGAUCGUUGUGGUACCUCUGGUUCAGGUAAAACAUUCUUUUCAAUCUAUGAGAUUUCAGAUCUGAAUGAUAUUCGUUGUUAUCCCUUGUUUGAGCUCGAUCAAAAAGAUCUUCAUUUCUCUUCGUCAAGUUCCAACACGGAAAGAGGAAUAGCCAAUGCUUUAGAGAAUGUUAGAAUCGAUUGGGAGACUUCUCUUCUUGGAAACAACUCUUCUUCGAACAAGAAUGAAUGUCGAGCUUUUGCUGAGAUGUCAAAAGCUGUCUCAAAGAAUCGUCAUGUGUUCGAGAAGUGCACCUUGAAAGAUUUUCCAACACUUAUUGAAAAAGAUGUCCCAGAAAAAACAUGCGACGACUAUGGAUUUGUGUGUUUUGUGGGAGGAAGAGCCUUAUUUAUUGAAUCACACACAGGUUAUUCAGUUCCCAAAAUAGAAAUUGUGAAUGCUUCCAGUAGUCAAGGAAAAGAAAUGAUGUUGGAACCUUUGAGAGGUUUUCAAAUUCCUUACACAGAAAAUCCCAAUGAUGACACUGUUCCUAAAAGAUUUGAAAAAAGUUAUCAUCUUAUCGUACCAUGUGAAAAUAUCAAAGAAACCAAACAUGCUCUGAAUGCAAUACUUUUUGGAGGGAUGGUGUAUCGUUACGAUUUGAGUAGAAGAGAAUUUGACAUUUCGAGCCCCAUUGCAUUUAGAGAUGAAACAUGGACGAGAGGUUUCUCCUUCAAGACAGAUGUUAAAGCUCGAUUUUUUCCAUAUUUAGAAAACGGCACAAGAUUGAGAAGUUUUGUGUUGCAGAACGGAAAAUUGUUUGAAUUCAUAUGGAUACAUCACGAAGAGAAUAUCUUAUCGAUUGCAGUCAUUCAACAUUUGGAAUGGUUGACAACUGACAUUUCCAAUAUCCUUCGAUGCGAUUCCAUUGGUUUACUCAUUCAAACCAAAGACAAAUGCCUUCUCUACCAACCAGAACCCUUUUCUCAAAAUUCUCUCUUUUCCAAAUCACAAGGAAAGAUCUACACACUCAAAACCAUCGACUCGCAUACUCCUUUGUUUUGGAGUGAAACGUCAAAAUGCAUUUCCACAUUUGUUCAUGAUGACCAAACACAACAGGCAACUCAUUCUUCAUUGUUUGUACCUCUUCUUUCAUGGAAUGAGAUUGAAAAGCUUCCCUAUCAAUUGGUAAAGGAUAUUUUUGACGAACAAGCAUUUAAGAGUGAUUUAGAGUUUUCCACUUUUGAACAAGAAAUGAAACCAAAAAUGGUGAACUUGGAACUUUUAGAAAAAGUCACAGAUUUGGAAGAAAAAUUUGGAAAACAUUUUCGAAUUGCUUGUGGUUAUCAAUGUCCUUUGGACAAGUAUAAUGAAAUGGAGAUUAUUGCAGGAAUUGGAUGUUUAAGAAUGAAAGAUCAAUUGGGAGAAGCAUUGAGUCCCAAUUACAUUGAACUUCAACCAGAAGAAUUUAGUCAAUACUUGGGUGCACCCAUCAUGUACAAUGAAUGGCUAAACAACGAUCGAAUCAAUCGAAUGUGUUAUCGUUACUUUAUCACCGACAUGAAACAUUGUAUAAAGUCCUCUGGAAUUAUUAAGAUUGCAAAUGCUGAGAGGGGCAGUUUUGGAACCUCGUCCAUUGAUUUGUUAGAAAUUUAUGAAAAUCCAAAAAUAUUUAUUGGAAUUCUCAUUCCAAAAAUCAAUGCAAUGGACAACAAGGAUGACGCAACAGCAAUCGAGUCGCAAGAGAACUCUCAAAAAUUGGCACUUUGUGAAAAACAAAGACAAGAAUUUGAAACUCUCUGCUCUCAACAACUCUUUCAAGUUGAAAGCAAGUCAUUGAAAGUGUGUGAUCCAUUGAUUGAUCCUUCAGGAGCACUGAUUGAGAAUGUGAAACCAGGAGUAUGGAAAUGGAUUCAAUAUUCACCUUCAACAGACAACGAGAGAGAACAAGAGAUGAAUCCACAAAAGGAAAUGAACAAAGAAGAUGAAGAAUCUCAUUCAGAGAAUGAAAUGUCCUUGACAGAGCCCUUCGAACAUAUGAAUUAUGACUAUUCACUUGUCCAUCAAUUAGCUGUGAUUCAUCAAGAUUUUGUGGACUCACUUCUGACCUCAAAUCCUGAACAAUUUUGGAAAGUUCCAAAAUCCAUCUUUCAAGAGGAAGAACAUGAACAGGAUGAGAAUUCUCUUAUUGAAGAAACCGACUCUCUCAAACCAAGUGAUUUUAAACCACAAGAACACGAAGGAGGUUGGUACCUCAUGACAUGUGGCAUCGAUGUGGACACCGGAAUGGCUGGAAUUUACGACGCGCACUAUUUCAAUAAGGAAUCCGUGUUGAAGGAUUUUAAUCUCGUGAACUCUCGAAAAUUGUCCACUUUGGAACAACAUUUCUCCUUUAAAACGGAGAAUGAUUGGCAAAGUUAUGUCAUUGAAUGUGCCGAGAAGAGAUCACACGGCAAUUACAUUCCAGUACCUUUUGGAAUAAUUUCUUCUUCUGGAUAUGGUGAUGGAUGUUAUGCGUGUUUGUUUAAGAGAGAUUCAGUAUCACAACAAGUAGUUGCAGUUCGAGUGAUUUUCAUUGCUCAUGAAUUUGAAUCACAAGGAAAUGACAAUCAAGACAAUGAUGGAAUGAAUGAAAUGGAACCUGAAUCUGCUGCUGAAUUCAGCACUUCAGAGCAUUCCGAAAUGCAAGAGAGUGAAGACGAGGAGGAGGAGGUUGAGUGA